AUGAACAAUAAUACAACGACUAUGUAUCCAACAAUGAUACCUACACAUUAUAUACCAGAAGAAUCCGCAUAUAUUUUUGAUACAUCUUAUAAUGGUUAUUCAUCACAUCCAAUAGCUUAUUCGGAUUAUCCACCACAACCUUCAUCAUCAAAAUUAGAAGCAAUUGAUUAUGGUUGUUGGCCAGCAAUUACUGCACAUAAUAUUCUAACAAAUCGAGCUAGUACAGUUCAUGAUCAUAUUCAACCAACAUCUUCACCACCAUCCUCAAGUCAAACAAUAGAAACCUUAACACCUAUAUCUUCUGCACAUUUAUCACAAAAUAAUUCAUCAUCGACAAUUUCAGCUACACAUCAUCAUCAUCAUGUUCAUCAACAUCUUUAUCCAUCAUCAACAUCAUCACCAUCUUCACCCCCACCACCACCAUACAGUGAUCAGCCUGUUUGGCUUGGUCGAGCUGAUUAUCAAUUUUUACAUCCAACAACAAAUACACCAUCAUAUCGUCAUUAUUCAACUCCAUGUUCAAUUUAUCCUCCAAAUAAUUUUUAUGAUCCAUCUCAAUCACAAUGGACAUCACCAUCACUACUUCCAAUAAAAUAUGAAUCACCAUAUAAUUCCCCACCAUCCCAUUUUGAAUCAUCUGAUAGUGUAAAUCAUUGUCAUGAACAAAUACCUAAACAUGAACCAUCUGAAUCACCUCAACAAUCAAAUUGGAUUAAACAUGAAAAUUCAUCAACAUUAAUGCAUCCAAUUCCACCUAAAAAUCUAUUGAACGGUAAAACACGUACACGUGAUAAAUAUCGUAUUGUUUAUACAGAUCAACAACGAUAUGAACUUGAAAAUGAAUUUAUAACAUCAAAAUAUAUAUCGAUACCAAGAAAAUCAGCUUUAUCAUUAACAUUAUCAUUAAGUGAACGACAAAUUAAAAUAUGGUUUCAAAAUCGUCGUGCAAAAGAACGUAAAUUAAAUAAAAAACGACAUGAUGUAUCUACAACACAUCAAUUAAAUAAUUCCAAUGAUGCUGAUUCACCAAGUGAUGGUGGUAUGGAAAGUCCAACUUAUUAUCAAAAUUAUACGUCACAUGAAUAUCUGCAGCAACAGCAACAGCAAUCGAAAGGUACAAAUGCUGAAAUGGAUUUAAGUGUACUGUGGUGUCUUGGACCAGAUUUUGACAAACAAACAGUAUUCAAUUUACUUGGUGAUAAUAAUUAUGUUGAAUCAGGUUUUGCACAACCUACAACACCAAAUUGGUGGACACCAAAUUCAUCACAAUGGAAUAAUUCUUUAAUGCAAGAAGCACCUAUUUAUACACCUCGUUCAGUAAUGAGUGAACUUGGUGGUCCUCAAUCGCCUACAACAAGUGCUGCUAAACGACCAUUUUCAGAUGUUACUAAUCGAACAAUGGGUCGAUCAUUUAAUAAUAAUCAACCACCACCACCAAAAUUGGAAUUUUCCACACCAAUACGUUCACUUACACCUGAUCUUUAUAAUCGUUUACCAUCAUCUAUUAAACGAUCACGUGUUACACCUACAUUAAAUUCUUCUAACUACGAAACACCAUCACCACCACCACAACAAAUGCCUUCAGGAGGAUCUACAGUUGAUUCAGCUGAACGAGCAUUAGAAAUUGCACUUUUACUUAAAGAACAUCCAGAUUGUACUUGUGUACUUGUUACACUUAUUCAAGAAUAUCAAAGCCGAUUUCAAAAACCACUUCAUGUAAGCGAAUUAUAUACAAUGAAACAUGUCAUUGAUAUUCAAGAUUAUGGAGGCAAUCGAGUUGCUCGUUUAUUACCGGCAUUUCGUAUCCGUUUUGAUGAAAAUCAUGUUCAUACUCAACUUGAACAACCCUUUUGUAUAAUACAUUGUCCAAAAAAUUUUAUUGUAAAUCCUGAUCUUGAUUUACCUUUUGUUCAAAUUCCAUUCAGCAUUUUUGCUGAUAAUGUUCGUCAAUUAUUAACUCAACAUAAUGGUUCAAUGCCUUUAGCUAGUUUCCCUCAAUGUUAUACUCAGAGUUUCGACCCUUUAAUUGAUCAUAAUCAAGGUGUACCACUUGAACAUUAUAUUUCAUGUAUUAAAGAUAUUCAAAUUGUAACAGGACAAGGUGUCAUUAAAAAAGUUCAAUUUUCACAUACAUUAGGUGCACCAUUUAUCCCAACACCAUUUGAUACAUCAAAUAUGCAUGUCGAUAUGUGUGCUGAAGUUCAACAACGUUUACAACAAUUUUCACGUGAAGUUCUUGAUUUACUUAAAAAUCAAGGUUCACAUUGUCGUUUACCUGUUUCGAAAUUUGUUUCUGCUUAUCAUCAAUAUUUUAGUAGACAAUGUCGUGUUGCUGAUUAUGGUUUUUCAAAAAUAAUUGAUCUUUUAUCGGCUAUUCCAAAAUCAAUUCAAAUACUUGGAGAUGGAAAUAAACGAAUUAUGACAAUAACACAUCGAUGUCAAAUGAAACGAUUUACUAAUGAUAUUAUUCGUAUUUUAAAAAAUAAACCACAACGAUCAAUGUCAAUUAGUGAAAUUCCAUUGGAAUACGAAAUAGCGUAUAAAAAACCAUUUUGUAUUGAUGAUUUUGGCAUGUGUUUUUUGGAAGAUCUUGUGAAUGAAGUUAAAGAUAAUAAAGAAUUAGUAGUUGAAGCUGAUAAAAAUAUUAUUAAACUCUAUCGAAAAGAACGAACUGAUUUAGAAAUUUAUGCAACAGGCAAUUUUGAAAAAGAUGUCAUUGAUAUGCUUCGUAUUUUACCUGAUUUCAGUAUACCAUUUCAAAAAUUCAUCCCAUCCUAUCAUCAUCAUUUUGGUUAUCAAUGCAAAGUCCAAACAUAUGGUUUUUCUCGUUUAAUUGAUUUACUCGAAGAAUUAUCUCAUGUUGUUAAAAUAAAUGAAGAUAAAAAUGGUGAGAAAAUUGUUCAAUUAACAUCAUCGAUGAUGACACAUGCGAUAUUAUUAAAUAUUGAACAACUUGUACGAAAAUCUCAUAUUCCAUUAAAACUUAAAGAUCUUCAAGCGCAAUACCUUCAAGUCUAUCGAAAUGAACUUAAUCCAGAAGAUUUCGGUGUUGCUAGUCUUGAAGCUUUACUUCUUACAAUGACUGAUAAACUUGAAUUUCAUUAUACUGAAUCUGAUAUUGCGAUUACAAUCAAAGAACUAAAUCCAGCAAUAUUACAAUUAGCUAAAAAUGUUGUUCUUACAUUAAUGUUAUCUCAAUGUCAAUUAUCAUUUUGGCAAUUGAAACAAGAUAUGCUUGUUCGUUUUAAACAAGAUCUGACUUUAAAUAUGUGUCGUAAUGAAUUACGUGAUUAUGUUGAGGUCAUUGAUCAAACAGUCCGUUUAACUCCACCAAUGUUUUUUGCAUAUAAUGUCGUUCUUCUUUUAAGUUCAACUGAUGGUCGUAUGCCAUAUGAUGAUUUUAUUGUUGAAUAUCAACGUCGAACUGGUUCAACACAUUUACUCUAUCCAACAGAUUAUGGUUUUCCAACAAUGCCACGUCUAUUCGAUGCUAUUCAACUUGUUGCACAAGUUCGUGGUCGACGUAAUUUUAAAAUUAUCAUACUUAAUCCUGAAUUUCGACUCGGAGGAUAUACUCAUCCGACACCAUUUACACCAUCAAUGACACCUUUUUAA